ACUACAAAAAUUCAUAAUCAUGUCCUUUGUUACAUUGACCCUGUAAAAAACACACAAGUUCCCUAAAGAAAAUUUCUCAGUGCCUCCCCAAUGAAUGCCAGCUGCCGCAGCGCCAUUGCCGUUUUUUUCUUGCUCAUCAUCACCACCACCCAUGCCCUCGCAGGACGAGGAGGCUACCUGGGGUUCAUUAACCAGUUUUUGGCUCCGCAGAACGCCGCCCGCUACACGGUUAGGAUGCGUCCAUUGGUGUGGGACGAGAAGUUGGCACGGUACGCGCGGUGGUACGCGAACCAGCGACGAAAUGACUGCGCUUUGAGGCAUUCUAACGGGCCUUACGGGGAGAAUAUUUUCUGGGGGAGUGGAAAUGACUGGAGUCCGGCCCAGGCAGUGGCGGCGUGGGUAUUGGAGAGGAAAUGGUACAAUUACUGGUCUAAUUCGUGCGCUGGAGGGGAGGAGUGCGGGCAUUAUACUCAGAUUGUAUGGGGCAGUACUAAGAGGAUGGGGUGUGCGAGGGUGACUUGCACUGCGGGAAGAGGGGUGUUCAUUAUUUGCAAUUAUGAUCCUCCUGGGAAUUAUGUUGGUGAAAGGCCUUAUUGAAAUUUUCUUUUAAAGAAAAUUGUAAAAUUUGCUGUUGGAAUUCAUGCAUAAAUUUGGAAAUAUGAAUACUGAUAUUUGGGGUUA